CGUAGAGUCUAUAGAUAAGAGCGCCAUACGUAGCCUUGAACUCUACAACCGAAGGGAAUGACACUGAGAUGCAAAGGUCGUGAGCGCGAAAGUCGACCUCUACUCAUACAGGUUCUUAGAAAAAAUUUAAAAGCAUAUGGCAUCUGCUGUAUUAAGUUCAUCCUCUUUGCCAGCGCACUGAGCAGCACUCUAGCGCAUGCCUUCGUCCCACUAACUAAGGACCCGAAUCUAGUAUGGAAUUACGGGAUCGUAUCCCUACUGGCUUUCUUUGGGGUGGGGUUUUGGUUUACUUAUCGCAAGCUAGAUGCUAAGGAGGGUGCCCUCAAUGAGCUUCUGAAAGCAAUUUCGAGAUGGGAGUGGUAGAGAGGGAUAAGGAACGGCGUGCCCAGAAAUGAGAGCUCAGCGUGUAUACAGAGGGGAUGGAUAUGGUGACGAGCGUAAUGAUUAUUUAAUUUGUAAUGAAGCCUUCGAUUGGAG